CGAGGUAAAUGGACAGUGAGCUACCUCAAAUUCAAUGGACAGGGACACCCUCGAAUUUAAAGGCAGUAAUUGGGACAGGUAAGUUUGAACUGGUUUUGGCCAAGAUCGUGGCAGCAACAAGCUUAAUGGGAACAAGAGAGUCAAAAUGCAUGACCAGCUGCUGCUGCUAGAAUCCAAGGGAGAGGACGGGAUCAAGAAAGAAGAAAUGGGAAUUUCUCACUCUCGUGAAGAUGUUCAAGCAAGCCAACUAGUAGCCCAGAUGGAGAGCCAAGAAGUGGCAGGAGGGUGCUGCAGCUUGUAUUGGAGACGGUGGCAAGAGCUAUGCACUGCCACUCCUGCACCUGCUAAAGCCUGCUCCUUUCGAUUUACUGCUAAAGGAUUGACAUGGCUUCUUCCUGAACGGUUUUCCGCCUCAGAGAUAGGACCAGAAGCAGUAACUGCAAUCUUGGGCAUUGUCACUGCUAUAAAUGAGCAUAUCAUCGAUACAACGCCAACCCAGAUGUUUGCUGAUCCCGUGAAGCCUAAUUCCUUCCCAUAUUCGUUGUGCAUAUCUGCUAUAAAAGAUUUGGAAACAUUGGUUGAAGUUGCAGCUCAACAUUACUAUGGUGAUGAUAAGAAAUGGAAUUUCAUUGCUGUUACAGAAGCUACGAAGGUGCUAGUUAGGCUGGCUUUGUUCCGGAAUAGUGGGUAUAAGAUGCUUCUGCAUGGAGGAGAGACACCAAAUAUUGAAAAGCAUUUGGGUUUCUCAAGCUCACAGCAUAAUGGUGGGGGUUUCCAAAAGCACGGAGCCCACCGUGGCUCUAAUGGACAGAAGCCAUGGAAUCUAGAAGGAAGGGCAUUGUCUGCACUGAGCAGGUUUGGAGAAAAUGCCAGGAUGGGUUCUGAUCCAGUGUGGUUGCACGGGGUUCAACAUAAGCAAGCUAUCAUGGAGCCUCCAUCUCAAAUGAUGGAGAGGCCAUCACUUUCCAUGAUUUUAUCUGAGAAAGGUGUUCAGGGGGCAUUAUUUCUCAUGGGAGAGGUCCUGUUCAUUACAAGACCCCUUAUUUAUGUGUUGCUCAUCCGGAAGUAUGGAAUUCGGUCGUGGAUUCCUUGGUUUCUUUCUCUGGCUGUAGACACUAUAGGAGCAGGCUUUUUAACACAGGUUACUAAAUCAAGGGAUUGUCAUCUUACCGCUUCUGAACAGGAUGAGUUGAAAAGAAGAAAAUUGUUAUGGGCGCUUUACCUUAUGAGAGAUCCAUUCUUUAGCAAGUACACCAGGCAAAGACUUCAAAGCACUGAAAAACUACUAGAACCCGUUCCCAUCAUUGGGCUUCUAACAGCGAAAAUUGUUGAGCUUGUUGUUGGUGCUCAGACUCGGUACACCUACAUGUCUGGAUCAUAAUGGACAGCGCAAAGAAGUUGGAUUUCGAAAUUUUCUAUGAUUUUUAGGUGAAGUUAUUUCCAAAGUAAUAGGAAUUUGUCCUACUUUGUUUUCUCAAUAGUUUUCAUUCUGGAUGCAGUUACAAGUGUCAGAUGACUGCCUCAAACUUGCAUUGCUUUCAUCUGUAUCGUAAAAAAUUCAACAAAAUUUUGUAAAAAAAAAAAAAUCAGCAAUGAAUUUUUAAGAUAUGUAAUUUUGUUAUAUCCUCAAACGAAUGCUUUGCUUACCUUAUGAAGUUUGAAAUACGCUGGAUUUCCGGGAAAAAAGAAGAAAUAGAUUUAUUUUCCAUAUUAUGUAA